AUGGCAGCUCUUUGGAUCCUGUGUCUCUUUUUCCUUGGAACAGCCCACGUUGGCAGCUGUGAUGAAAGCCAGAAUGAAAUCCAUUAUGGUGCAAAAGGUUCUGAGUCCUCUGACACUAAACCCGUGAAGAAUUCCGUGGUUCAGCACCUGGCUGCCAAUGCUACACAGGAACAAUUGAUAAACAAUGAAGUGGAGACGGGAGCAGAGCACGUGGUCAAGAAGCACAUCUUGCAAAUUGACCUAGUACAUGAUGAAGCUGAGAACGUGACGGCGCUCUCCGACCAUGGCUCCACAAACGCGACGGCGCACUCCGACCAGGCCUCCACGAACGCCACGGCGCACUCCGACCAGGCCUCCACGAACGCGACGGCGCACUCCGACCAGGCCUCCACGAACGCGACGGCGCACUCCGACCAGGCCUCCACGAACGCGACGGCGCGCUCCGACCAGGCCUCCACGAACGCGACGGCGCGCUCCGACCAGGCCUCCACGAACGCGACGGCGAGCUCCGACCAGGCCUCCACGAACGCGACGGCGCGCUCCGACCAGGCCUCCACGAACGCGACGGCGCGCUCCGACCAGGCCUCCACGAACGCGACGGCGCGCUCCGACCAGGCCUCCACGAACGCGACGGCGCGCUCCGACCAGGCCUCCACGAACGCGACGGCGCGCUCCGACCAGGCCUCCACGAACGCCACGGCGCAGUCCGACCAGGCCUCCACGAACGCCACGGCGCAGUCCGACCAGGCCUCCACCGAACGCCACGGCGCAGUCCGACCAGGCCUCCACGAACGCCACGGCGCAGUCCGACCAGGCCUCCACGAACGCCACGGCGCAGUCCGACCAGGCCUCCACGAACGCCACGGCGCAGUCCGACCAGGCCUCCACGAACGCCACGGCGCAGUCCGACCAGCCUCCACGAACGCCACGGCGCAGUCCGACCAGGCCUCCACGAACGCCACGGCGCAGUCCGACCAGGCCUCCACGAACGCCACGGCGCAGUCCGACCAGGCCUCCACGAACGCCACGGCGCAGUCCGACCAGGCCUCCACGAACGCCACGGCGCAGUCCGACCAGGCCUCCACGAACGCCACGGCGCAGUCCGACCAGGCCUCCACGAACGCCACGGCGCAGUCCGACCAGGCCUCCACGAACGCCACGGCGCAGUCCGACCAGGCCUCCACGAACGCCACGGCGCAGUCCGACCAGGCCUCCACGAACGCCACGGCGCAGUCCGACCAGGCCUCCACGAACGCCACGGCGCAGUCCGACCAGGCCUCCACGAACGCCACGGCGCAGUCCGACCAGGCCUCCACGAACGCCACGGCGCAGUCCGACCAGGCCUCCACGAACGCCACGGCGCAGUCCGACCAGGCCUCCACGAACGCCACGGCGCAGUCCGACCGCGCGCGCCUGGUCGGAGUGCGCAGGCGUUCGUGGUGGCCUCCGCACCCCGACCAGGCCUCCACGAACGCGACGGCGCAGUCCGACCAGGCCUCCACGAACGCGACGGCGCAGUCCGACCAGGCCUCCACGAACGCGACGGCGCAGUCCGACCAGGCCUCCACGAACGCGACGGCGCAGUCCGACCAGGCCUCCACGAACGCGACGGCGCACUCCGACCAGGCCUCCACGAACGCGACGGCGCACUCCGACCAGGCCUCCAAGAACGCGACGGCGCACUCGUCUGAGGAAAUGGUCAAACGGCAAAAACGUGAAACGUUCUUCAGACGAGCUAGUCGUUCCGCAUUGAAGCUUUUGAAUAAAAUGUUUUACUAA